AGCGCGCUAAGCUAGCUCAUUCCGUCUCCACUGGAAGACAUGGGGGCUGUGUUUCUCAGCCAUUACUGACAGCAGCACAGCUGAGAGUCUUCUUAUAACAAGGAAUAUACCUGAGAGCCCUCUUCACAUCCAGCUGCCAGGUGAGGCGUGAAAAUGGAGUCUAUGCUGAACAAGCUAAAAAGCACCGUCACCAAGGUGACGGCAGAUGUCACCAGCGCCGUUAUGGGAAACCCCGUGACUCGGGAAUUUGAGGUUGGACGACAUAUUGCCAGUGGAGGUCCUGGAUUGUGCUGGAGGAUCUACAAUGGCACCAAGAAGUCCACCAAACAGGAAGUGGCGGUGUUUGUGUUUGAUAAGAAGAUGAUUGACAAGUAUCAGAAAUUUGAGAAGGACCAAAUCGUUGAUUCGCUGAAAAAAGGGGUGCAGCAGCUGACCAGACUGCGUCACCCCCGCCUCCUGACGGUGCAGCAUCCUCUGGAAGAGUCGCGAGACUGCUUGGCGUUCUGCACAGAGCCGGUGUUUGCCAGUCUGGCCAACGUGCUGGGCCAGUGGGAGAACCUGCCCAGUCCCAUGCCCAACGACAUCAAGGAGUACAAACUCUAUGAUGUGGAGACCAAGUAUGGCUUGCUACAGAUCUCGGAGGGUUUGUCGUUUCUCCACAGUGGAGUGAAAAUGGUCCACGGCAACUUGUGUCCAGAAAACGUCAUCCUCAACAAGAGCGGAGCCUGGAAGAUUAUGGGCUUUGACUUCAGCAUCUCCUCUACCAACCCCUCAGAAGCUGAGCCCAAGUACUCAUGUAAAGAGUGGGAGCCCAGCCUCCCUCCACUCUGCCUCCCCAACCCGGAGUACCUGGCCCCCGAGUACAUCCUGUCCGUCAGCUGUGACUCCGCGUCCGACAUGUACUCCCUGGGCGUGGUCCUGCACGCCGUCUUCAAUGAGGGCAAGCCUGUUUUCCAAGUCAACAAGCACGACAUAUUUAAGAGCUUCAGCAGGCAACUGGACCAGCUGAGCAGCAUAAGUCCAGCCGUGUUGAAUAAGAUCCCAGAGGAAGUUCGGGAACACGUCAAAAUGCUGCUCAGUGUCACGCCCAACGUGCGACCAGAUGCAGAUCAAAUGACCAAGAUUCCAUUUUUCGAUGAUGUGGGUGCUGUGACGCUGCAGUACUUUGACUCACUCUUCCAGAGGGACAACCUACAGAAGUCCCAGUUCUACAAAGGCCUCCCCAAAGUCCUGCCCAAACUACCCAAGAGAGUCGUGGUGUAUCGGAUCUUGCCGGCACUGACCUCAGAGUUUGUGAACCCGGACAUGGUUCCCUUCGUGCUGCCCAACGUGCUGCUGAUCGCUGAGGAGUGCACCAAGGACGAGUACGUUCGUCUCAUCAUGCCGGACCUCACGCCGGUUUUCAAGCAACAAGAGCCCGUUCAGGCUAGUAAUAUGAUCCUGCUGAUAUUCCUGCAGAAGAUGGACCUCCUGUUGACCAAGACGCCUGCAGAAGACAUUAAGAACAGCGUGCUGCCGAUGGUCUACAGAGCUCUGGAAGCCCCUUCUGUCCAGAUCCAGGAGCUGUGCCUGAACAUCAUCCCGACGUUUGCCAACCUGAUUGACUACCCGUCCAUGAAGAACUCCCUCAUCCCUCGAAUCAAAUCAGCCUGCCUGCAGACCUCUUCCCUCGCUGUUCGAGUGAACUCUCUGGUGUGUCUGGGCAAGAUUUUGGAAUAUCUGGACAAGUGGUACGUCAUUGAUGAGAUCCUGCCCUUCCUACAACAGAUCCCCUCCAGAGAACCAGCAGUGCUAAUGGGCAUUUUAGGAAUUUAUAAGUGCACCUUCAGCCACAAGAAGUUGGGCAUCCCCAAAGAGCACCUGGCCAGCAAGAGCCUGCCCCACCUCGUCUCCCUUAGUAUAGACAACAACCUUAACUUAAACCAGUUUAACUCGUUCAUGGUGGUGAUACGGGACAUGCUGAGUCGCAUGGAGGCCGAACACAAGACCAAGCUGGAGCAGCUGCACAUCAUGCAGGAGCAGCAGAGGAGUAUGCACAUCUCAAACCCAGGCAGCCAAUCAGAGGAGACCAAGAGCCCAGCGAGCAGCGGCAACCAGAUUGAUGAUAUAUUUGGCAACUCUGGGGUUAAUGGGAAAGAGAACGGAUCUGCAGCUCCAGCCCCGCAGCCUAAUAGAAUGUCUCUGACUCUGGAGGAGAAGCAGCGGCUGGCGAAGGAGCAGGAGCAGGCGGCCAAACUGAGGAGCCAGCAGCCGUUAGCGCCACAGAGCAUCAAACCAGCCAACACCACCAACACAAAGACUAAGGAUCUGACGAGCAGCCUUCUCAACAACAUGACAUCGUUAAACACGAUGUCCUUGGCGAACACAGCGCGACCGUCCCCCGUGCAGGGCGCCACCAUCUCUGCCUACCCCUCCCCCGGCCCCAUGGUAGCGCCCAUGGGUGCCCCAAUGGGGGCCUCGGUGUCCAACGGCUUCAACCCCCCCAUGGGCUUCCAGACGGGGGGCAUGGCGAUGGGGAUGCGGCCCAGUGGCCCCGGCCUCUACGCCGGCAUGGCCACCACCACCAGCGCCCCAAACUUUGGAGCCCUCACGCAGAACCAAGGACCCGUCGGCCAGACGAGUAAAACCCCGGACAUGUCGGCCUUGGACAGUCUUUUCUCACCCAGCCAGCCCAAAGUCACCCUCAACCAAAUGGGUCCCAAACCAACACCCAGCAGCCCUUGGAUCAGCCAGUUUGGUGGCGCCCAGAACGCUCAGACUCAGAUGCACGGCGCCCCGGUCCCUAUGGGGGGCGUGCCCAGCGGGUUUGGGAUGCAAGCAAACCCUUUUUUCAACCCGCAGAACUUUUCUCAACCAGCUGCUGCUGCUGCUGCCCCGAGCAUGAACCAAAGUGGAAUUAAACAAAGUGCAUCUGUCAACAAUGAUCUGAAAGACUUAUUUGGCUAAGUUUAACAUAAAGAGGUGAUUCUUUUAAUAUCUUCAGACAGACAAAAGAGCCUUGAAUUCUCACAGAACAAGACACUGAUUGAAUGUGAAGAUUUCAAAUCCUUUCAAGGGUUUUUUGCUGUCUGUAUUUCUAAUCUGACCUGGUUUAAAAGUCUCUCGCUCACAUUCAGCCGGCAAAUUAACCUGAAUUCCAUUUCUACUUGAGCAGAAGGACAAACGGUUUGGGUGGGAGCUACUUCUUCUAUGCUGUGUUCUUUAAAUGCUGGGGGUUUCCUACUGUUUUGUACUUGACACUCUUUGGGGAGUCCAAAUGGUGUGGGUUGAGAUGAAUCCCAACUCAGUUUAUUCAGGAAGGUUUUGUGUUCAUAUCAUGAAUGAUUGAGUGGAUUUCACUUCCUGAACAAGUUGCAUCAGAAUCAUCCCUUAAAUUGGCAGAAAAAGAAGGAAAACAUUCCUGCUUCACAUCCGCUACACGCUUCUGUAUCUUUAUUGCUUCUCCAGACUAUUUUAGAAUUUGCUGCAUGUCUAAAGUGAUCAGAGAGUUGGCUGGAGAACAAAACCCACAUACACCAAAAUGUCCGUGCCCAGUGGGAGGUAGCUGGAAGUGUAGCACUGACAAGCCUGCAGCCACUGAUCUGCAUCCAGGAGCUCCUCCGUGGAGACCAUCUAAAGGGGGCUGGAGGAAACUGACAGCCCAGCAGCCGCAGUUCAGACGGGGGGGGGGAACCCAGUAGCCCCACUGCAGCCCGUCGCCAUGGUAACCAUUUCUCUGCAGCACCAGAAAAACCUCCAUUUUAUGAACACAAAUUGGACUCUGGUCAUCAGUUGUUUUUUUUUUUUACCCUUUGGUCUCAUUCUUUUAUCAGAUUCCAAAGCUUGCUUUCCUCCUGGUGCUUAAAGGAAAACUUCACUCUGAAAAGUGACCAUUUGCAUAUUUUGUUUUCUCAUCCUGUGUCACUUUGAAUACUUGGAGGUAAACUUUUCUCGCAUAC